AUGUUGUCAAUGAAAACAAAAAUAAGAGAAACGAUGGAUGGCAUUGCAAAAGAAGAGGUAACUGUUGAGGAAUCAGCAGAAAUUACUUCUCAGUUGGAUGAAAAAUCAAGACACUUCAAUUUAUUAUCAUCUCGACUUGAGGAACAAUCUAAUUUAAUUAGGAUUUUGAAAGAACAAAUCCAUAAUACAGAAACUAAAAUAGCAAAUUAUGAAGAAAAUAACAAGAAUCUUGAUACUUACCGAAAUUUUGCUCUUUCUGAAUUAAAAGAGCAAAUGAAACAUUAUAAGACAUUGAAAGACCGUUAUUACACAUUACAAAACAACUUCCUGGAAAUAAAGGCAAUCACAGAGCAAUAUAAAAGCAAAAAUAAGUUACUAGCUGAUGAAAUAAAAACUCUGGAACUUUCAAAUGAAAAAUUAUUUGGAACAGCCAGAAGUGAAAUUCUUGACCAGGUGGAGAGUUUAAAGAAAACUGACAGUAAUUUUAAAGAACAAUGUAAACUGAUUGAAGAAAAAAUUGCGUAAGUGAUUAAUAAAAGAGAAACUUCUU